AUGGGAGGAGUCGGCAUUUGGUGCAUGCAUUUCAUUGGCAAUCGGGCGAUUGUCCUUGGAGACGGCAACUCUUCGAUUCAGAUUGCGUACAAUGUGACCUUCACGGGUGUGUCAUUCGUGCUACCUGUGUGCGUCGUCCUUACAGCGUUUUAUGCCAUCGGUUUCGAAGAGAAAGCGGGCUAUAUUCGUAUUAUAUUCGGUGGCUUUUUGACCGGUGCCUCGGUUUGUGGUAUGCAUUAUGUUGGCCAGCUGGGUAUUGCCAACUACCACUGCACCUACAAGGCCGGGUACGUCGUGGGAGCCGCCAUCAUCGCGGCCUUUUCGAGUACCGCUGCACUGAGCAUUUUCUUCCGGUGGCGAGCCACUUGGACCAACAGUUGGUGGAGACGUGGUAUCUGCUCUGGCUUGCUUGCUAUGGCGGUUUCUGGGAUGCACUGGACGGCUACAGUUGGUACUGCCUACCUGAAGCCUACUAAUCACAUCAAGCACAACAGCCAGCUAUCUCGGGGCCAGAUCGUCACUAUUUGUGCCGUACUGUCAUGUACAUCCUGCGCAGUCCUGACUGCAUGCGCUAUUAUCGCAGGAGAUAAUCGUAGACGCUCAAGCACAAGGGCUCGCCAAUUGGUUCUCGGCUGUGCCUUCUUCGAUCCAAAGGGACGAAUCAUGGUGACCCCCCAAGCGCUCCUCCCAAGCUUGAAGAUUGCAGACCACUACGUUGGACGAACUUUCAAAGAUGACGACCUCACACGCACGCAUCCUGCUUUUCUCUGGGCCUUUCGAGCGAGUAGGCACUGGAACCUGAUCAAGGACUUGGUGCCCUCCAUGAAAAAUCGACUGCAGUCGGAUGAGGACUUGGCACACCGAUAUAUCAGUUCAAAGGGUUGUGUGACGGAUGAAGAGACGGAGUUGGAAACGGACUUUGACACAUUGUUCAAGCAGCUUUUCUGCGUGACUGCACAGGAGCUCUCUGAUCAACUCCACGUACCGCUGCCAGAUCUGGGAAUCCUAUACGAUGACGUUCUGGUCAGUAGUUCCACGACAUCAUUCCUUUCCCGGGCUAUAGGCAAGCGUCCUUCGGUCACCCGGAAAGGUCAGAUGCUGUUUACCAUUCGGCAGUUGGACAAGCAGGAAUCAUCUCGCCUAGAGGCAUCGGGAUACCGUUUCGCCCCGGUUGAGCACAUCGUGCCUGCGCUCUCACGCGGUAUUCAUGUUUCCUCAGCCUCACUAGACUCCCACAUACGAGAUAUGCGAGAUUAUGCUACUACCGAACGAAGCUUCGAACCCGGUGUCCACCUCAUUUCCUUCGUGAUGCGUCCGACCGUGAAUGAUAAUUUCGAGAUUCUAACAGCCAGGGGAACCCGUAAUCCGCUACCAUCCGCGUCCCUGCCGAUGAAAUCUCUCAAAGCUCAACACAUGCGAGUAAUCUUGCGCAUGACUGGGUGGACCAUGCCAACCUGCGUCAAUUGGUUAGAAUCCAGGUGUGCGGCAGAGGCCUAUGGGGAGACAGACAACUUCCGUGGGCUUAUGGGAGAAGCGAUUGAAGCUCUAUCUGCCUCAUUACCACCUGAUAUUAAUUCGGUCUUGCGCUUUUCGGGGCGUGUUCUCUUCGCUCCUUCACGUAGCUCAAAUGGGCGCCCCUGUACCCUCUUGGCGUUCUGCGCAGUCAGCAACCUCGACACUCGGGUCUCGAAUUCCAACUACACAUUUACCCCUUUUAGCGUAUUCAGGGCAGAGCAGCAAAUGCACGAUCAGUCUAUAGGCAGAGACCUGUUCGCCAGGGACCUCGCCAAAGAGAUCAUCCACACCAACGCGGCUCCGUCCACCACAUCUACGGAUUCCUCACCCUCCCUCACUAUCCGUGCACUUUCCCGCUUCCUGCCCUCAAAGCGAUUACGAAACCUAACUGGUACCAAUCGCGCUGGCUCCUCAGCAUCCAGCGUCUCGGAAGAGUCUCUUGUCACGCCCUCCCGCUUCCCCCUCGGUGAUAUCACGGUCUUCAAAGAGGUGCGAGUGGACGUCGCGCACAUGGACGAAGCCAUGGUCCAUUCUUCCCAGAAACAAGGAUCGCAAACAGUUGUUGCAGCUGGCGAUAUCGUAUCGUCCGGUACCUAUGUGGAUGAAUUGUAUAGUCUAUGCUGCUCACCGGGGGCCAGGUUUCUUCCCGAUUCGAUCUUUCAAGGAACGAACACUCCAGCUCGACCACCUUCCAAAUGA